GCUAAGUACUUGUCAGCGGCAUGUAAACUGCGCUGCGUGGCAACAUUGCCAAGGCGCAGCGGCGGUGUCACAUGACCUAUCGGCUGACGGAAGGUGGCUUGUGGUGGUGCUGCGUUGGGAGAGGUUGCGGAAGUCAGCUGGCAUCGGCCCCGCCCUCUCCUGCAGUCACCUGACAUUGGCACCACCCUCUCCUCCAGUCACCUGACAUUAGCCCCGCCCACCUCCCCCUUCUGUGUGUGGGGAAUGGCUGCAGUGUGGCAGCAGGUAUUGGCAGUGGACGCAAGGUACAACGCCUACCGCACGCCCACCUUCCCGCAGUUCCGCACGCAGUACAUCCGGCGGCGCAGCCAGCUGCUGAGGGAGAAUGCCAAGUGCGGCCUGGAGCCCGGUCUGCGCAGACAGUACCUGAGGCUGCGCAGCCAGCUGCUCGGGCUGCGCUACGGCCCGCUGUCUGAGCAGAGCAGCUUCCGCGCCAGCAGUGUGCGCAGCUCCCGCACCACGCUCGACCGCAUGGAGGAUUUUGAGGAGGAUCCCCGGGCUCAGGGUGCGAGGGGUCACCGCCGAUCAGUCAGCCGAGGCUCCUACCAGCUGCAGGCCCAGAUGAACAGGGCCGUUUACGACGAGAGGCCUCCUGGAGGCCUGGUGCCUACCUCAGUGGCGGAGGCGAGCCGUGCGAUGGCGGGAGACACCACCCUGAGCGAGAACUACGCCUUCGCUGGCAUGCACCACAUCUUUGACCAGCACGUCGACUCAGCGGUCCCACGGCUGCAGUUUGCCAACGAUGACAAGCACCUGCUGGCCUGCUGCUCCCUGGACGGCACCCUGUCCAUCAUGGCUCUGUCUCCGGCCCCGCCCUCUGUGAAGGUCACGCUCCGGGGCCACGCGGGGCCCGUCACCGACUUCGCCUGGUCCCUCAGCAACGACGUCAUCGUCUCCACGUCGCUGGACGGCACGCUGCGCAUCUGGAACACGGAGGACGGGCGCUGCAUCCGGGAGGUGGGCGACCCGGAUGCCAGUGAGCUGCUCUGCUGCACCUUCCAGCCCAUGAACAACAACCUGACCGUGGUGGGGAGCAGUAAGCACCUCCUGCAGGUGGUGAACAUCUCCACUGGGAAGAAGGUGAAGGGGGGCAGCAGCAAGCUGACGGGACGGGUGCUGUCCUUGUCCUUCGAUGCGCCGGGCAAGAUCCUGUGGGCUGGGGACGACCGUGGGAGCAUCUUCUCUUUCCUGUUUGACAUGGCCACAGGGAAGCUGACCAAAGCCAAGCGGCUGAUGGUGAGUGAGGGCAGCUCUGUCUCCAGCAUCUCAGCCCGGUCCUGGAUCAGCAGGGAGGCUAGGGACCCCUCGCUGCUGGUCAAUGCCUGUGUGAACAAACUGCUGCUCUACAGGGUGGUGGACAAUGAGGGCACGUUGCAGCUGAAGAGGAGCUUCCCCAUCCAGCACGGCUCCCAGCUCCUGCACAGCAUCUUCUGCCCCCUCAUGUCCUUCCGCCAGGGGGCCUGUGUGGUGACGGGCAGCGAGGACGGCUGCGUGUUCUUCUUCGACGUGGAGCGGAACACCAAGGCCAUCGUCAACAAGCUGCAGGGCCACAGCGGGCCGGUGCUGGACGUCAGCUUCAACUGCGACGAGAGCCUGCUGGCCUCCUCCGACGCUUCGGGCAUGGUCAUCGUCUGGAGGCGGGAGCAGAAGUGACCCCCCCCCGGCCCCGAACACGGCCCCCCCCCCUGCGCUCCACAGCUUAACCGCCUCCCAUCUCGUACCUCCUGUAGCUCCGCCCCCGGCAGGAAGGGGGAGAGGGGGGGUCUUACCGGUGUUCUUCAGUUCCCCUAGCGCUCAUGUUUUCCGGCAUGUUCUCCUGCGUUGCACCACGGUCAUGUUAAGGGGAGUGUCCCUCCACAGAGCUGGAUAAGCCCUGUUACGUGGGUCACUUAGAGGCAGGAACCACCCUCCCCCCCCCCCUCCCCCUGCCAUGUUGUGAGGUGAGUUUUGCCACCCUACUGGUCCUCACUAGCGUAAGCGGGGCACUGCGUUGAGCACUCCAGUGCCCCCCCCCCAAACCCGCCCCACCCCGUGAGCUGUGCAUGAGGGACACGUCGCUAGCCGUCACACUGCAGCGCUGUGUGACCUCAUUUCCUGGGCACAUGCGCUUCCUGCCCACUGACGGCUACACUACUGUAUAUUCAACAUGCAUAAUCUGCAUUCAAAUAUCACAGUGUUUAUCAACCCUGGUCGUUGGGUGGUAUACUGGAUAUUGUUAAAGCCAGCCUCUUUAUUGAUUAAGGUCAUUGAAAAUGUUUGUUCUACCUACCGAGUUGAAUGGUUAUAGUUAUUUGAACACAAUGCAGGUUUGGCUUGUUGUCAUUUGCUGUCAGCAAACUCCAUUCACUUUACACAGAUGGUUUCAGGUUUCCACACUCACCUAAUGGGACCCAACUGAUUCCAUCUGUCAGUUUGUAAUUUAAUCUAUUAAAAAUGGAACCACUUUGCCAUAUAGUGCAUACAGCACAGUGAAUGAAAGUGUCAGUUGUUUUGACCAAUCCUGGGAUGUGAAUAUGGGACAUGUUUUAGCUAUCUGGCAUACUGUGACAUUAAGAGGGUAAAUCAUCCUUCAACUUUAGAGUAAAAUUAAGAACAAAUAGCAGCUCAUUGCAAUGCAGAGCUUUUUACUAUGGAAGAAAAGUGCACACACAGUGGCUCCCUAAAAUUAGGGUUGAGAAACACUGAUGUGUAAGCACACACUGGUUACACCUUGGAUUGUGCGGAAGUUGCAAAUGCUGGAUGAAUUAUUGAGAAAUGCCUUAUGCAUAUUUUGAAAAUACAUUGUUAAUGGUGUGUAAAUGUUAGUAAAUGUGUCAUUACGAAAGAGGCCAGGGUGGCCAGAUGACACAACAAGUUGUACAGUUUGCACAGCGGAGAAGAGUAGUCUGCUGUACAUAAUCUUGCAGUCCACACUGUAUCUUUGGAUGGAAUUUCUCCAAACCUGAAAACAAUAUUCACUAAAAAUAAUGUUGCAUUAAAAUCGGUGUAGAUUUUUUUUAAGGAAGGGUAAUGCAGUCGUUAAUGCUUUUGUUAUUAUUCACAACUGUGCCGUAAUCUCAAGCCUUAUCAGUAGCUGCACUACCUGAGUAUGUUGUCAUUCCAUGGUGUUCUGUGUUUAGAUCUGUCGUCUAGAGUUAAUCUUAUUUGAAAGAAAGUGAAAAAUGUAAGUUAUUUUUAAGCUGACUUGUUACUUGACAACUGGCUUUGUUCACCAUGAAUAAAAAAUGCUCAUACAUUUAA